UAAUUUCAAAAAUAAAACAUAAAAUGCCAAGAAUCAAAGUUUCCAAGCAACCAAACCCAGCAAACAAAACUAUUGUACAUGAUAUUUACAUCUUUGUUGCCUGGGAAUGCUGUUGCUGCUCCACACCUCACUCCAAACACUUGCUAAAAGCACGCAAUGGUUCUUGCAGCUGCCUUGCCAUUUAGGAAAGAUCAAGUCACAGACAUGUAGAUUAGAGAACUGCAAUUCCUGAGUGGCUGAGGUAGCCAUGAGUAGUCGAGAGGUGGUCGUUCUGAGUGUGGGAGGUGUGAGAUUUGUAACCCGGGCUUCUACCUUGCAGCAGUUCCCUGAGUCCAGGCUGGCACGGAUGGUGAAUGACAAUGACAGGGAAUUUAAACUGGUGAAUGGAGAGUUUUUUGUGGACAGAGAUGGAGCUUUGUUUAGUUACAUCAUGGACUUCUUGAGGACUCUCCAGGUGUGCUUACCAGCUGAUUUCUCAGACUAUCAGAGGCUGCAGAGAGAAGCAGAAUUCUAUGGACUCUACCCCCUGGCAGACGUCCUGAGCCAAGAACACUUGCUGAAGCCGAUGCCGGAGGUCUUGGAAGUGCAUUUUUCUCUCCAAGAAAUGCAGGCUUUUUUCCGGAUCUUUGGUUCCUGCAGCUGCACCAUUGAGGCACUGGCUGAGCAGAUCACUGUGUUUACAGGGCAGCAGUCAGGACAGGGCUGGAAUAGCCCUUUUCCUUCUCAGAAAACACUCAUUCCACUUCCUUUGGAAAGACCCUCUCAUCAUGAUAUGGUUUUUCAGUGUGGUACUGAGUAUUCUGCUGGUGACCAGUUUGUGGCCAGGUAUGUUUCCAUAAAGCCUGAUAAUAGAAAGCUGAUUAAUGGUACUAAUGUGCUAGGCCUGCUGCUUGACACUUUACUCAAAGAUGGAUUUCGCCUCAUAAGCACCAGGACAGUCACCAGUGAAGAGAAGGCUGAAUGCUACACUUUUGAAAGGAUGAAGAGGGCAGGAGGCCUUGCCAUCAUGGUGAACCAAACCCCAGGGAGCUCUGGGGUAGCACAGGCAAGGAGAAGCCAAGUGCAAAAAGGGAAAUAAAGACUUUUUCUUCCAUCUUUUGAACGUAGGAGAGGGAUGUGUCAGCACUAGUGGCCUUUUUUUUUUUUUUUUUGUUUGCUUUGUCUUAUUUGAAACUGCAGCUAUUGAGGGGAGUAACACAUUUACUUUCAAGUAUUUGGGGAAAAUAUUGCAAUCUUAUCUUUUACUGCUCCAUUCCCUCUUUAAGUAAAAGAAGCCCAGAUUCAACACUGGGUUUGUGGAGCAGAUUUCAGCAUUUCCAAGAAUUGUUUUUGCUAUUUCUCUGUGGCUAAAAUUUACAUAAGGACUUGCCAAGCAUCAGCCAUUCAUUUCUAGGAAAUUGUUUUCAUGUUCUGUGCUAAUCUGCAAGUAGAUUUUAAAAACAUGGUAAUACCUGAAGAAAUAACAUCUUGAUGGAACUGUUAUCUCAAGAGUUUGGAGAUGUGGCUGGAGGAGGAAUGCAAACCCCAAGGAUCGAUUAGUGCUUCCAUUCACUGACUCUGGCAGUUGGCUGAGAGCAGUAUAAGGGGAACAUCCUGAGCUGUGCUGCUAUGUGGCUUUGUGAAAGCCAUCGCUGAGGUCUGUGAAAUAAUGUGUGACUGUGUCUUGUAGAACACUUCUGCCCUCUCUUCCCACUCUGGUGGCAUCUGCUCUUUGGUUCUGAGAAUUAAAUGAUAAAGGUCUUUGUGAAGAGAAGGUCAGUUAAUUUUUAGUGCUUUCACCAUAAAAAGGAUGAAAAUGUGAUAAAUAGCCCUUCAGAUGAAAGAGUUUGUACAGAUUCAAACAAAAUAGUGCAAAGGAUUUUUUAGCACUUGUUAAGUACAACACAGUUGAAGGCUUAGCAGAAGUGGCUUUAAGAGCCUUGGGAAUGUUAGUCCUGUACAAAGCUUUGUAGAGAUGCCAAAAUUAGCUCGGGUACUGAGAGAGGUAAGCUAAUGAAGCUUUAUAAAUUAAGACUCUUUUGUCCUUCCAUCAAGGCAGGGAAAGAAGGUAGCAAUAACUUCAGGGAGUCGAUAGUUGCAUCUCAAUUUUGUUGCUGGUAAAGCACCAUCUUCCCAAGGCUUCGAACAGCCCAGGAGAACCACUUUGGGCUUUCUUGGCAGACCAAUUAGAUCUGGCUUUUCAUUAGUUUUAAAAGGUGAACGCAUUACUUUAUUUGCAGCACUUGAUAAUGGGAGUGGGACUCAGCCAUCUGUUUCUUGCCCUAAGGAGUUUCAGUGAAAUUGAUCUUCCCAGACUGAUGGUGCCAUUAUUGGACAUCUCUUUUCUUUGGCUACUGCUCUGGGGCAUUUCAGCUUGAUCCAAGUUCAGAAGCUCAGCAGAAACAGUGAAGUCCUCUUUGCUGUUCUAGAGCUGUAUGGGUUGAGAAUAAUGUGAUUAUGGGACUACAUCUCCUAAGCUGCUUACAGGUUAUGUAAUGUAAUAAAUGGGAAUGUAAGAGUCAAUGCUUCCACUUCAAAUGGGAUUUU